AUGUUUCCUCUAUUUGCAAUUAGCAAGCGAAAGCUCCCGGCUAGGUUACUGAAUAAAAUAGCAAUUUCUUCUUUCAAAUGGUAUUUGGCCUUCAGUCUACCUUGCGGCCAUAAUGUUGAACUCAGCGCAAACCGACGUGACAUUGACUGUUCGGUGCGACCGAAUAAAUUUCUUAUUGCUUUAGUUCCGCCUUCUUUUUCUCUUUCUUCUUCUUAUCUUCCCUUUCUUCUUCUUUUUCACUUUUUCUUCUUUUCUUUUUUCUUUUUCUUUUUCGUCUCCUUCUUUUUCUAUAUCUUCUUCUUCCUCUUUUUCCUUUUCUCCUCCUUCUUCUUUUCUCUUUUUUCUUCUUUUCUCCUUUUCUUCUUCUUCUUUUUCUCUUUCUUUCUCUCUUUUUCUCUUUCUUCUUCUUUUCUCUUUUUCUUCUUUUUUCUUCUUUUUUCUCGUUCGUCCUCUUCUUUUUCUCUUUCUUCUUCUUCUUCUUGCUACGUCAUCAUCUUUCCCUCUCUUUUUCGUGUCUUCUCUUUCCAUUCGCGCUAUUUUGAUCGCGUUUCUUAUAUUACUUCAACUUGGAUUUUAUCAACCAACACCUGA